AUGUACUGGGUAGCAGCUUCAACACCAGCUGGUGAUGGAGAAGAAAUGGUGUCCAAAUGGUUGUCGGCUUGUGUAAAGCUGGAAGAGCUUUUGACAGCUACCAGACUCAAAACAUCUGUAAGAAAGCUGUCACCAAUACACCAGACUUCUGAUGUUGAGGCUUUCCACUCAACAAUCAACCACUUUGCCCCUAAGAUCAUUGGUUUCUCGUUCCAUGGAAUGAACUGCAGACUGCUUCUUGCUGCACUUCAUUUCAAUGAGAACUCUGGCAGACCACAAGCAAUGACAGAAGAUGGUUUGGCGAGAUAUAACAUUCUGUUUCCGAAGUAUAAAAGUGGAGGUUACAUAACAAGAGAAAAAAAAAUCAAUCAAUCAUUCCGAUACAUCAACACACUGAUGAAAUCUGUAGGAAAAAUCGUUGAAGGAACAAAUAUGCGACAAUCGCCAAAAGUACCAAUGCAAGCACCAAGACCACUCUGUGCUGAGUACAUACAUCCACUAAAAACAGAUGCUAUACUAGAAAUGCAAUCUCGAUUUAGGAAGCCAGAAAUGUAGAUUGAACAUCUAAUAAAGAACAAGUGCUAUUUUUGUAAACAUGACAUUUAAUUUGUAUAAUAAAUAUUGAAUGCUUGGAA